ACAUGCAGGGGUAUUUCCCACUAUACAUGCUUUCAAUAUGUAGGGAAAUCCCCACCAAGAACCAAACAACUCGCCGUCAUUAUUUAACUGCUAAUAUAAAUACAUCAUCCCAGCACAUGCUGUGAUAUCAGAUCAAGCUAGAAGAGCUAUCAUGUCGUUCAAGGAUGGUAUCCCUCUCCUAAACACCUUUGAUGAUGAUGACACUGACGACGAUGACUUCACAGUCUCAACACUGCCACGAAGACGCAAGAAGAUGAACAAACGUCAUGUGCUAUUUUGUAUCGUUCUUCUGGGAGCUUUGUUCCUCAUCGUAGCUCUGAUAGUGGGUGUGACUGUCCCCGUGGUAUUAGCCAAGCAGAACACUGAUGGAGGGAACGAUGGGUUUGUCACUGCUUCAGCUCCUCUUCAAUCAACUCCUCUGGUUGUGUCAAGCUCAGAGAUAACAAGUGUACAAUCCAUGGCCAGUUCUGCUGUUAAAUCAAUGAAUGUAACCCCCAGCUCUACGUCUCUAUUGAUCACGGUGACCCCCAGCUCUACAUCUCUAUCGAUUAUGGUGACCCCCAGUUCUACAGCUGUAUCGAUGAAUGUACCCCCCAGCUCUACGGCAACGUCAAUUAUGGUGCCCCCCAGCUCUGCAGCGUCAAUUAUGGUGACCCCCAGCUCUGCAGCGUCGAUUAUGGUGACCCCCAGCUCUGCAGCUACGUUGAUUAUGGUGACCCCCAGCUCUGCAGCUACGUCGAUUAUGGUGACCCCCAGCUCUGCAGCUACGUCGAUUAUGGUGACCCCCAGUUCUUCUACAGCGUCGAUUAUGGUAACCCCCAGCUCUGCUACCCCCUUAAUGACCCCCACACCCAUACCCACGCCCAUGCCAAACACUAACUUCUACCAAUCAAAGCUCGACACACGUGACUACCAAGUCAUGACACUCGACAACCAACUCAGAGUCCUAUUAAUAUCCGACCCUAAAAGUAACACUUCUGCCGCCUCAAUGGACAUUGACGCUGGAUCAUUCGAUAAUCCCAUUGAUACUUUGGGACUCGCACAUUUCUGUGAGCACAUGCUUUUCCUGGGAACAGAAAAGUAUCGAACGGAAGGAGAGUAUUCUCAGUACCUCACGCAGCAUGGUGGCUAUGACAACGCGUAUACAUCAUCAGAGAACACCAACUAUCAUUUUAACAUUCAGUCGGAUUAUCUUGAGACGGCUUUGGAUAUGUUUGCACAGUUUUUCGUAUCUCCCCUCCUGACGGCUAGCGCUGUUGACAAGGAGAAAAAUGCCGUGAAUGCUGAGUAUCAGAAAGAUAUACUUAUUGAUGGGUGGAGGACCUGGGAGGUUACAAAGGACGUAUCGAAUCCUGCACACCCGUUCCAUCUGUUUGAUAUAGGGAGUCUGGACACACUGGGGGGAGAUGAUUUACAUCAGAAGCUGGUGGACUUCUACAGUGGCCACUAUUCCGCUAACAAGAUGCAGCUGGUGAUCUACGGGCGUGAUAACCUCACCACACUAUCAAAUUGGACUCUGAACUCAUUCUCAAAUGUCCCCAAUCGUAACCUCUCGCCCACCCCCCGAAACACCACCUCAUUUCCACCCCCUUAUAGCGGACGUAUCAUAUACCACUACCCGGUAGCCGAUUCUAAUAUAGUGUCAAUUAGCUGGCAAGUUCCGAGUAUGGAAAAGAAAUAUCGAAAUGACAUUUCAGGUUUUAUCUCCCGCUAUCUCGGCCAAGAGGACCUUGGGAGCAUACUGUAUUUACUCAAGCGUGAAGGACUAGCUACUUCUCUGAGUGCUGGAACUCAAGUAGACACCGCUACUUUCUCUCUGCUCUAUGUGGAUGUAGAAUUGACAGAUGCUGGAUUGAGGGGUGUGUCUCGAGUGGUACAUACCGUGCACGCGUAUAUCGGGUUGCUACGGGCGAUGAACGAGACUGAGUUUAGAGCAAGAUUUGAAGAGUACCGGAUGAUGAAACAGAAUGUGUUUGAGUAUGGAGUGAAGCCCACGCCAUUCACCUAUGUCAAGUCCCUUGCUAGCAGCAUGCGAGUGGUGGAUGAUCCCGAGGACUUCCUCUCCAGCCCUCAACGGCUUCUCCCUAACCACACCCACUUCCUGUCCACCCUCGAGUGCAUGCACCCGUCCAAUGCUGUCAUCCUCAUAGCCUCGCAGUCUUUCAAUAUUAACCUCAACGUCACCAACGCCACUGGCAUAUCCUCUCAAGACCACGCCCCCUUGGACCAGUCAGGGUUCGAAGGUCAAAUCCCAUGGCCGAUUGAAUUGGACACAUACGAACAUUUCUUCAAAGUUCCGUACGCUAUCGAGAAUAUUUCUGCUGAGUUGGCUGAAUUUUGGAGCCCCAUUGGAGAUUUUGAGACUCUUAAACUGCCGAAGAUGAAUCGGUUCAUUGUCGGUGAUCUCGUUGUCGAGGAGAAGCCAGACAGCUCGUCCGCUGUUCCCAUUGAGAUAUAUGCGGCUGAGGGGAUGUCCCUAUGGUGGUUGAUGGACACUGGGGACUUUCCCGAACCACGCGUCAACUUCUUGUGUGAUGUACGGAGUGCAAACGCUGCGUCCAGUCCAGCAUGGGAGGCACUCAGUCUCCUGUUCACAUCGGAUGUUGAGGCGGAGCUAACGGCUAACUUGUACGACGCCACUGAGGUUGGAUUCACCUUCGACCUCUCACCCACCCCCACUGGGAUGACUUUCAGCAUUAGCGGGCUCAGUAACCAUGACAACAUGAUGACCAUACUAAGGACAAUGUUAGAAAUGUUGCUAAGUAACAAGACGAGCGAGCUAUUUGAUGCCAGUAAGCAAGGAGUGAUGGACUCACUCAGUAACUACAACUACACUGAGCAGCCAUACAACUAUGCUCGUAAAUACAUACAGAGAGUGCUGAUGGAGAGACCUUAUUGGAAGUAUUGGCAGGUGCUGGAACAAAUGCAAAACCUCACACAAGCAGACGUCCAAUCAUUUGCCAGCUCCGAGUUGCUAAGCAACGUGUCCCUCCUCUGUCUAGCUCAUGGCAACAUCAACCAAACCACUGCUCUGAGCUACGAGGCUGUACUAGAGCAGUGGCUGGCUGGUCGGCUCACUGGAGGAGGUGUGGUCGGGUCAUUCCAACGCUCCAGGGUACAGUUGGAGAUGGGGGCGAGCUACGGGGUAUCCAUGGCAACACUGAACCCCGAGGAUUCUAACUCUGUCGUGCAUAUCAUAUACCAGAUUGGUUCCGUGUGUACACUGACGGGAGGCCGGUGUGAUCGUGCAUCACUAUACAACAAGCUCUACCUACUCCUGCUCAGUCAGAUGAUUGGGAGUGAGUGCUUCAAUGUGCUGCGGACUGAGCAGCAACUCGGCUAUGUGGUGUUCUGCUUCUCAAGAGAGAAUUAUGGAACAGGCUCAUUCCAAGUGCUCAUACAGAGCCAAGCCUACAAUGCGAGCGUGGUCUACGACCGUAUCAACAACUUCCUGUUUGACUACCACAACUCAACCCUUAGCUCUCCAUCAUUCAACGAAACAUUUAUCGAACAACUAUCCGUCCUACGCUCCACCCUGGAGGAGAGAGACCUCACACUGGGGGAUCGCUCCAAUCGCCUGUGGGCACAAGUCAACUCAGGGCAACAACAGUUCACGUAUAACCAAGAGUUGGUCGAUAUUAUCAAUGAAGGAAGUGACGAAUUGAAUGCUCAAAGUAUGAUAGACUUCUAUGAGGACCACAUCCUGAAGGCACAGAAGUUGGUGACUGCCCUGAAUGGACAUGGACAGGACUUCCCGCUACCCAGUGACCUCAUAGCCAUUGACUACUCUCAGUUGAACCAAACCUCGAACAGCUUUCCUGUUCAGUAGAUUUUUGUGAUCAAUAACUUUAUGAGACCAUUAAUGUUUAAUUUGUGAUUUCUGUUUUCGUAUGAUGGAAUUAAUUAUGCCGUGUUUUGUACCAAAUUAUAAGCAAAAAGAAUGUAUGAUUAUGACAUAAA